UCUCCAGCAGCAGCAGCAGCUCCGUCGUUAGAAAACCAAUCCUCUUCCACCCGGACCUCCCCGAUGGCAAGCACUUGACGCCGCCCGCCCCCUGCCUCUUCCGAGGCUGCCACGCCGCCGAUCACACGGGUUCCGAUCCUCCACGUCCACUGUCCCUAGCUUCUGCUCGAGGAGUAGGAGGAGGAGGAGGAGAAGGAGCCCAGCAGGCGGUGGCGGCUGAAUCGCCGUCGCCAUGGAGGCCUACAAGCUCUGGGUGCGCAAGAACCGGGACCUCGUCCGCUCCCUCGAGUCCCUCGCCAACGGUCUGACAUGGAUACUCCCUGAGCGUUUCGCCAACUCAGAGAUCGCACCGGAAGCAGUAUAUGCACUACUGGGGGUUGUGAGUUCCGUCAACCAGCACAUAAUUGACACGCCGACUGAAGUUCACUCAUUGGCCUCCAAGGAGCAAGCUAUUCCAUGGGGUCUUGUUGUCUCUGUACUAAAGGAUGUAGAGGCAGUUGUUGAGGUCGCUGCCCAGCACUUCGUUGGUGAUGAUCGCAAGUGGGGUUUCCUUGCUGUUACUGAAGGGGUGAAAGCAGGUGUCAGGUUAGCCGCUUUUCGGCAGAGUGGAUACAAGAUGCUCUUACAAGGAGGGGAGGUGGCAAAUGAAGAAGAGGUGACUGUUCCUGAAGAUAAUUAUGGAGUAAAUGGUAAUGGGGUUCCAGUGAUCUAUCCAAUGAAUGGACAUUCCCAAAAUGGUCAUAAAUCAGCGCCGAACGGUCUGGAUGGAAAAUAUGGAUUUGUAUCUAAGAGUCUUGAGGGAAGGGCAGUAGCUGCUUUGAACAAGUUUGGCCAGAAUGCAAAGAUGAUGUCAGAUCCCAUGUGGAUGAGGCUCCAACCUACUCCCGAGCCACCUGUGAUGGUGCUCGAGAAGCCAAAGCCAACUCUGGCAAGUAUUUGGUCCGCUAAAGGUGUUUCUGGGCGCUUGUUUUUCUUGGGUGAGGUUGUCCACAUAUUCAGACCACUCGUGUAUGUACUUUUGAUCAGAAAGUUUGGGAUCAGAUCAUGGACCCCGUGGUUAGUGUCGCUUGCUGUGGAGCUCACAAGUCUUGGCAUCCAUUCUCAUGUAACUGAUCUAAAUCAUAGAGGAGGGAAAGUGCUUCAGCUCUCCUCUGCUGAGAGGGACGAGUUGAAAAGGCGAAAGAUGAUGUGGGCCCUUUAUGUGAUGAGAGACCCGUUCUUCGCCAAUUACACCAAGCGGCAUCUCCAGAAGGCUGAGAAAAUGUUGAAUCCAGUGCCAUUGAUCGGUUUCCUCACAGGAAAACUCAUGGAGCUAUUGGAGGGGGUUCAGACACGAUACACGUACACAUCAGGUUCAUGAAAAGGGGAGAAGUGACAUUGUCUUGGUUUGCCAUUGAGCUUCAUGCUAGUUGGUUGAUGGGUUUUGUUUCACUAGCCGAGAACUUGUGCCAGGUCCUGUCCCUGCCAUUUCCUGAGAUUUGGCGUUAUUGUCGUAUGACAUAGGCUGCUAAGUUUGUGGCCAUAUCACCCCUGGUGGCAAAUGAGCAUCUAACUAUACAGUAGUAUAUAGGCACGCGAUAAUACCAUGUAUUUACUAUAAUAAAUCGUGUUGACCCAUUCCGAAUGGGCAUUGAACAGUUGAACGGAAGGUCCGUUUGUAUUGUCAUCGACUCAAAUCGGUAAACCCAAUGCUCACAGUUGAAGCAAUACAGCUUAUGAAACUUUCGGUUUGUCCAA